UUACUCUCUCACACACAUUUCAAUUUUCCCGAGAAAAUCUCGCAUUUUCUCACCCGAAAGAGAGCCGGAAAAUCGUAUAAUGAGGUUGUCUUUUAAAGUUUUCAGAGUAAAGAUCAACUGGAAAAGUAAGCUUUUCUCAAGAUUUACUCAUUGUUCGGCUUAGACUAUGGUUCAACGGAAUCUUUCUUGAAUACUAGAAGACUGAAAUUCGCUAUAAGCUUGUGAAAAUUUUGAGGAGAACAGUUAGAUUAGUUGGGUUUUUGAAAAUGAGUUGGAAUCCGUACAUGGAAGUUCAAUACAUCAACAGUGCCUACCCUUAUAAUAGUUCUGGCAGCUUUGUGGAAUAUUUCGAAGGUCUUACAUAUCAACAUGUCAAUUUCAUUUUUGACGGUGCCUCCCAUCUUCAGGAGAGUGUGUACCCAUCAAUGACUACAAGCUUUUACAAGUUUGGAUUAUCUGAUUUUGGCAAUAAUAUUUCAUAUUAUGAUCAUAGUCAUAGUUACGAUGGGGGUAACCAUGAACUAUGUGAUGAAGAAUAUAGAAGGGCAUCGGAGAAUUCCUCAUCAAUGAGCAAUGAACAAACUGCAGCAAUGAAUGUGGAAUGGGAAGGAAAUGCAAAUACAACCUCUCAAGAAAACACCGUAGAUUGUCCACGAAGGCAACAGAACUCUCAUGAUUAUCAGGUCAUUUGGCAAGAUGGUGUGGAUCCUGACAACAUGACUUACGAGGAAUUACUUGAAUUAGGGGAGACUGUUGGAACUCAAAGUCGAGGUCUUUCCCAAGAACUUGUAUCUUUGCUUCCAGUUUCAAAAUACAAGUGCAGCUUAUUCUCAAGGAAGAAAUCAAGGAAUGAGAGAUGUGUAAUUUGCCAAAUGGAAUAUAAAAGAGGCGAGAAACGGAUUACCCUGCCUUGCAAGCACGUCUACCAUGCCAGUUGUGGUAACCGAUGGCUUAGCAUCAACAAGGCUUGCCCCAUAUGUUACACCGAGGUGUUCGGUGACGCAUCAAAACAUUGAUGAAUUUAAUAACGAUGAACAUAAGGAAAAUAUUCGUGCAGUUUUCUUCAUUAAUCAUCGCUCAGGUUCGGGUGUUUUUCCUUUAAUACGUAGAUGUUUUGUUUAGUUCUUUUUACUUUCUUGAACAAAAGAAGAGUUUUGCAAUAAAUGAGAGGUCUGAACAUUGUAGAAAAUAUAUGGAUGUGUUAACUUGAAAAUCUAGAGAUUGUAUAGUGUUCUCAGUGAUGCUUUUUGUCUAUUUUUCCAAUU